CCAAGGCUGUGCCGGGAUUGGGCACUCGCUGGAGUAGUACUGGCUUGACGGACUUCAGGCACAAAAUGGCUGCGAUUGGGGAACCUGUCAGGCUGGAGAGAGACAUCUCCCGGGCCAUCGAGCUCCUGGAUAAACUGCAGCGGACCGGAGAGGUGCCGCCCCAGAAGCUGCAGGCCCUGCAGAGGGUGCUGCAGAGCGAGUUCUGCAACGCUGUGAGAGAGGUGUACGAACACGUGUACGAAACGGUGGACAUCAACAGCAGCCCCGAGGUCCGAGCCAACGCAACAGCCAAGGCGACGGUAGCUGCUUUCGCCGCCAGCGAAGGCCAUUCCCACCCCCGGGUGGUGGAGCUGCCGAAGACGGAGGAGGGGCUGGGCUUCAACAUCAUGGGGGGCAAGGAGCAGAACUCCCCCAUCUACAUCUCCCGGAUCAUCCCGGGCGGAAUUGCAGACCGGCAAGGGGGGCUGAAGAGGGGGGACCAGCUGUUGUCCGUCAACGGGGUGAGCGUGGAGGGGGAGCACCACGAGAAGGCGGUGGAGCUGCUGAAGGCGGCACAGGGCGCGGUCAAGCUGGUGGUGCGCUACACUCCCAAGGUGCUGGAAGAGAUGGAGUCCCGCUUCGAGAAGAUGAGAUCGGCGAAGCGCCGGCAGCAGAACAGCUUCUCCCAGUAGCGGGGCUGAGCCCCCGGAAUCGUCUCUUUCCUGUCCCCUCCGCCUGUCUCCUCUCUCUAAUUCCCCUGCCCUGUCUCUCGAUCCCUCCCCGUGUGUCCCUCGUCCACUCCCUCACCACUCCGGCUCUUCUUCCCUGAUCGUCCCCAUGUACCAGCCCUUGGCCUGCUCACUGAGCUUGUGCAAAAAUCUCACGUCCUUUAAAGGAGCGUUUCAGAUGAUGUGAACUCGGUUUAUUCUGUCACGUGCACGUUAGGGAUGUAAGAUAGGAAUUUUAGGACUUUCACUACUUGGGGGUCACGGGAGGGCUUUUGAUAUGAAUGUUGGCCACAGUGGCAGUUUUCUUCAAACAAAAAACAAUGUAAGAUUUCUUCAGGGAAAGGGUGGAGGAGUGUGUUAGAGUUCUGGACUCAUAACUGGAACGCUCAAGCUCUGAGCUGUGCUCUGUUGUCGUCAAACUGGCCGGCUACACGAGUACACACAGAUGUAAAUAACAUUUCCGAUUAAAAAAAAAUGUCAGCCUAAUGAAUUUAGAAUGUAAAAAAAAAAACAAUUGAAAAGUUAAGAACUGGUAAUGGACUAGGCUUACCCCUUUA